AUGACUCCUUAGCCUCCUACAACUUGCCCCCGGAAGCCACUCCCUUCCCCUCGUGACCUAAAUGCCCAAGGCCUUUGCCCAUCUUCCUUCCCGGAUGCCCCUGUACCACAGGAGGAAGACAGUGGAGCCUGCCCACCGCAGGAUGCCCAGACCCCCGGGGCACUCUUGCGCUCCCUGCUCCAGGCCAUACAGAGACCCAGCCGGAGUCCAGCCUUCCUGUUUCAGCCCCAGAGGUUUGGCAGAAACACCUGGGGCUCCUGGAGCAACAAAGGGCUGAGCUCCCCAUUCCGGAGCCUGGCUGCCCCUCAGAGCUUUGGGAAGAAGUGACAUGCCAUCCUUUGAUGUUUGCAUGCAAGGCCCACACCCAAAAGUGCCAUGUGU